GAGCUGACUGGGCCGCCGUUCACGGGCCUCGGACUCCCGCCCACGUCCAAAUCGGUCCCGCCCCGGUGAGCUCGAACGUUAACCCGGGCUUCAACCAAACGAAAGGGCUUCAAAACUGGCUAGCUGAUAGAUCUCCAGACGUACCUGGAGCCGGGCGCGCUCUGCAGCGGGUGGGGGGGUCGGUUCCUGGGGGGCGCGUCUUCCCCGUCUCUCUCCACGACCUGGAAGCAAAGGAAUCGAGCUCAGUGGGGCAGGGAGCAGAUGGGGCAGGCCCGGCCUCCGUCCCUCACCCGCUGUUUCUGCCCCCCACAGGUUCACAUGGGGACCGGCGACCCCUACACCCCCGGCUUCCCUUCCUUCAACCACACCCAGUUCCCCCCAAUCCAGUCCUCAGGGCUGCCCCGCAUCCCAGCCCACCCCAUCAGCGCUAGCACGGCCGCCCGCCUCCUCGGUAAGCUGACAGGGCUGGCCGCCCCACGGGACUGGAAGGGCCGCCUGGCAGACAUCCCGUAUCACCUUGGGCCCGGGGACCCAGGCGUCCGGGUGCACCUCCAGGUGAACAACGUGAAGACUCCGACCAUGAUCAGUAACGUCUUCGGCUGCAUCGAGGGGCGAUUUGAACCGGAUCACUACGUGAUCAUCGGGGCUCAGCGGGACUCUCUGGGCCCGGGGGCGGCCAGCUCGGGCGUGGGCACGGCCCUGCUGCUCGAGUUAGCCCGGACCUUCUCCGCCAUGGUGCGCAACGGCUUCCAGCUCCGCCGCACCCUGCUCUUCGCUAGCUGGGACGCGGAAGACUUUGGCCAGGUCGGCUCCACUGAAUGGCUAGAGGGAUAUCUCAGCAUGCUGCACCUCAAAGCCGUGGCCUACAUCAGUCUGGACAACGCUGUGCUAGGCGAUGACAAAUUCUACGCCAAGACCAGCCCCUUGCUGACCAGCCUCAUUGAGAGCGUUCUCAAACAGGUGAGGGGCAGCCCCGGAUGCCUGGCUGCCUCACCCUGGGGGUGGCUGCGGCUCUCUCCUCCCAGGGGCGCUGUGGGGGGCGAGCGCGGCGCUGAGCGGGGGACCCCCUUGCCUUGCAGAACCGGGGAGCAGAACCUGAUCCCAGCGAUGAACCGAUCCAUGUCCGUGCCAGACACAGGGUCCCUGUGGGACGCGCAUACCUCAGCCUCACAGCCCGCAGGCGGUGAGGCCAGUCUAUGGGAUAUACCAAUUAAUUCUUCAACUCAGGGUCCAAUCUUAGAACAACUGCAACUGCAACAGAAACUCCAGGAGCGCCGCGACGCGGAACUCAGGGCUAAGAGGGAGGAGGAGGAACGCAAGCGGCGCGAAGAGAAGCGGCGCCAGGAGGAGCAGAAGCGGCGCGAGGAGGAGGAGCUGUAUCGGCGGAAACAGUGCCGGCAGCAGGAGCUGGUGCUGAAGCUGCUGCAGCAGAGCCAGGCGCAGAGCGCGGCGCCCUGGGGGGGGGCUGGCCAAGCCCCCGGGGGCAUGAAGGCCCUGCUGGAGCUGCAGGAGAGCGAGCGGCAGCUGCAGAAGCAGCAGCGGGCGCAGCAGAGAGCGCACGGGGGGCUCGGCAUGAACAGCCCCUCGCAGUGGGGCGCCGACUCCAGCCCGCUGUGGAGCAGCCAUGAGAAGUGGGACGAGGGCGUCAAGAACCUGAGGAGCCUGGGCCUGAAGAGCAGCCGCAGCAGCCCCUCCCUCGGGGACAGCUACGGGGGGCCGAGCCGGCAGAGCCGGAAGAAGACGGACGAGGAGGAGAAGCUGCUCAAACUGCUGCAGGGGAUCCACAAGCCCCAGGACGGCUUCACACAGUGGUGUGAGCAGAUGCUGCACGUCCUGAACAGCUCCAGCAACCUCGACGUCCCCACGGUGGUGGCGUUCCUGAAGGAGAUGGAGUCCCCCUACGACGUUCACGACUUCAUCCGCUCCUACCUGGGCGACACAGUGGAAGCCAAAGAGUUUGCCAAGCAGUUCCUGGAGCGGCGCGCCAAGCAGAAAGCCAGCCAGCAGCGCCAGCAGCAGCAGGAAGCCUCGUGGCUCAGCUCUGGCAACCUGCCCUCCCCGUUCCUGGCCAACCAUGGCACCAAACAGCCACCCUUCGAGGGCAGCCAGCCAGUGAAGAUCAAGAGGAGACCGGUCAUGCUGCACGCUGACCCCAGCAUCCUGGGCUAUUCGCUGCACGGCCCGGCCGGCGAGGUGGAAAGCAUUGACGACUACUGAAGUCUCGUAGCAAUAGGAACUCUGCUGCCUUCUUAACCGAUUCAGUCUUACCUGAAUGUGCACUGCGAAAGGACGAGGCGGCCGUGCUGGGCCCUCCCCUUUCCUCCGCGCCCCCCCCCGGUGAGCGGGGGCCACCAGGGCUGGCGGGGGGGGCAGGGCGGCGCGCGCGCUCGGAUCAGGGGACGCCGGCGACCCGCCUUCGGAAGAGGAGUAUGUGUGAGCACUUCUUUCUCCAACACAUGAAGCACCUUAAAAUGCAACCCGCUGAUGCACUUUAUCAAGACUUUUUACAAAGAACUGAUUAAAAAAAAAAAAAAAAAAAAGGAUUUUUUUUGGUGAUUCUGGAGGAAAUUUUUAUAAAGAAACUUUAAAAAAACAAAAAAAUCGCUCUAGGUAACACUGUUAUUUUCACACGGGGACGAGGAGAGACGUGAAAAUUCGUGAAGGGGAAAAGAGAAGAUUGCAUAAAAAAACAAAAAAACACAAAAAUAGCAAAACUUGAAGAAAUGCACUUAUCGCCCGGCCCGCUUUCCGCGAGCUGGCCUGGUUCUGCCUCGCGCGGCGGAGCCGGAUGUAAAUAUCGCUAGAUACAGAGCUCCGCACGGGAGAUUUGCUCUCGCCAAGAGGCCAUGUUUGUUUUUCUCUUUUUGGAAGAGAGACGUUGCGUGUUGGUUUUUUGUUGUUGUUGUUGUUUUUGAAAGUUGCACAACCGUGAAACAACCGACUUCCCCUUCCCUGGUGGUGCCCGGCUGCAACGGAGCUGGCCUGGGAGGAGUAACGCUAACCACGGCGGUUGACUCCAGUCGCCGGAGCCGGGCGCUCUUCCCGCCGGCUCCCACAAGCUCCGGCUACUCACCUGGCUCAGGGAGAGCUUCUAACCUGCAAAGCUCUCCUGGCUUCCUGCCAGUUCCUGUCCCCUGGCUGAGCUCUCCGUUACUGGCCGAUCAGACGUCUUGGAGCUCCCUCGUUACAGGCUGAUCAGAUGUCUCGGGUGGCUUCCUGCAAGCUUCCAGGCCCUGCAAACUCCCUGCAACAAGCUCCGCCUCCCCGGCUGGAUUUCUUCUACAAGCUCCGCCUGCCUGGCUGGAUUUCCUCUGCAAGCUCUGCCUCCCCGGCUGGAUUUUCCCCCACAAGCUCCGCCCCGUGAAGCCAGCCUCCUGUGAAUUGUUACGCUGCCCAGCUGAUAGGAAGAUGAUUUCUAGUGCACAUGUUUUUUUUUGGGGGGGGGGG